AUGUGUAAUGUUGAACAAAUAGCAGACUGUGGUGAUAUACUAAGUUUAGGAAGAGCAUUAUUUAUUGCUGAAAAAGACGAUACUUCUUGGUUAUCCCAAUGUUUAGUAUCACUAUCUUCAUGUGGUAACUUUCUUGUUGUUGGAUAUAGAAAUCGCCUUUGUUUUCUCACCGCACAGUGGAUAAGCUCCAUAGAAAGUAAUUCCUAUCUUAUAUCAUGGAGUGGUACACUUCCUUCAGAAAUAACAUCUGUGAUGUCAGUUUCUCUUUGUCCAACUCAGCAAUCAUCUCAGAAUGGACCAGAUUGGUUUUGUGUAAUAGUGGGAUUUCUUAAUGGUAGUGUUGGGUUCUACACAAACACAGGACAUUUAUUAUUGCUUGAGAAGUUAGAAGAGAAACCUGUCAUGAAAAUAUCAUGUCACACUGGUACCUAUGGAACUUUACCAGAUGACAUUCACAUUUUUUUCCAACACUGUGUGUAUAUUAUAUCUGGUUCAAGUUUAUUUCCAAGUUUAAGAAAUGCAAAGGCUCAUCUUGCAAAAGUACAUGCAGGUAUCCAAGAAGACUAUGCAGUGAACAGCAAAAACAUUACUAUCCGAAAAUGGUCAUUCACGGAUCAGGAGACUAUCACAGAUGCUGCAGUUGUUGGACUUGAACUGAAAAAUACUUAUGAUCAUUUACUAGCUGCUUCAACUUAUGGGGGAUAUGAUAUAUGGUAUCGCUCAGUGCCUCCAGUAAACACUUUAAUAUCUGCAACUGGACAGACACCUUUUUUGGGAUUUCAUUAUGCUAUUGAAGGUGGUACUACACCACCACUUCAAGAUGUAGCUCGUGCUGUAGCCAAUAAAAUUAAAUCAGCCCUACCUGGCUGGCUUGGUGGUUCUACUGAAAGUGCUACUCCCAGUAAUGAGCCACUUAUUCGAGCUGAAGCCUUGACAAUGCGCAAUGGAUUAUAUGAUGCACAGCGUCAUGGAACAUCAGUUGUUGUAUCUCCAGAUCGACGACUAGCUGCUGUUACAGAUAAUUUGGGCAGAGUUUCUGUCUUGGACGUUAAUAGAGGCUAUUUAAUUAGAUUAUUCAAAGGAUGCAGGGAUGCGCAAUGUGCUUUUAUCCAAAUUUUUGAUUCCGACAACAAAAAGCCACAAUUAUCUGUUGUUAAAGAUAUAAAAAGAGCAAUCUUUCUUAUUAUAUACAACCCUAAAAAGGGCCUCAUAGAUAUUAGAUUAAUGCAAAGAGGAAAUAGAGUAGCAGUGUUUACUGCUACAAAGAAUGGCAGACUACUAUAUAAUACAUGCGGUUUGGAGCCUAGGAUUCCACUUAAGAAGAUCGGGAUCGUCGUCACACCAUGGAUUUUUUUUGUCACUACAAAUCAGUCGGAAAAUGUUUUUGCUACAAAAUUUAAAAAGUCUCCCAAACCACAAUAUCCAGAUUGCUUUACUUUACUCUAUAACGUAGUACUGCAACAGACUAAUAUACGAUACUACUUUGUAGUUUGUACCUACCUCCAUGAUGUGCCCUGA